AUGGACUCUCAGACCAUCGCAGAAAGGCUGGAGGAGCUGUCCCCGGCACCCUCGCUGCAUCUGGACACGAUGGUCCAUGAAUCUGUCCAUGCUGCUUUGCUAUCAGUCAUCGGUGCCGCGAGGCCCACAAUUAUACUAGCAGCUCAGCAGAACAUCCUCAGCGAAGGAUCCGCGGCCUGGCAUGCUCAAGAUCGCGAGCGGAGGUUCGGCAAGUCGGUAGAGCAAUGGGAGAAAGACGAAGGUGGCGAGAAGGGAUGGAAGGCUGCGCAGCCUGGUCUUGAGGCGGUUAAAGCUGAGUUGAAUAGGCAUAAGAGGGAUGAAGGACCAUUCGUUCUUGGGGGGACGGUAAGCUACGGUGACUUCCUUAUCGCUGGGUUCUUUGAAUGGCUGAGAAGGGCUGAUGCCUCUCUGUAUGAGCGGUAUGUCAGGUAUGAUGAAAGCUUUAAAAAGCAUCGUGAGGCCUGUGAGCCGUGGCUGGCCAGAGAUGAUUAG